GGCUCAUUAAAUACAUUUUUUCUCCCUGCCUGCUGCUCUGUGGAAGGGAGUUGCAUAAUUAUAACAGAGCAAUCUAAAAACAGGUACAUGCGUCAGGGCGGCGUAAUUUAUCAGGGAUUAUGUGAAAGGAUCAAAGGGCCUCCUCCUCCCCUCCAGCUCUGGUAUGUUUGCUCAUUGUGCCCAGGCUGUAUUGUUGCUCUGGCGAUUAAAAAGAAGGAAGAACAAAAACACCAAAACAGACUGACACACUGACGGUACAGCCUCCAGUGACAUCACAUCAUGCCACUGCAAAGAUGCAGAGUUCAGGAAAAACCAGUUGGGAGACAUUCUGCUUGUCACCCGUCCCUCCUCUCCAUUAUUUUUUUUUUCUGUCCUUCUCUUACUCAUUCUUGCUCAUACGUAGGCCUACAUCCUGUCUGACAGGACGCUGACAUGCUGUCAUGCUUUAACUGAGCUCACUUCUGCUUGUGCCUUCACCUCCCGUCUUGCUGGACCUUUCUGAGCCGAUCAUGGAGUACUCCGUGCCUUUCUCAGUCCUGAACGAGAGGCUCAGACCGCCGGUCAGCGCAAUGCACCAGCUCUGCUCCUCUUUCAACACCCUGGAGACGAGGCAGCCAGGCUCGCUCAGGACCAGCUUUUCAACCAUCCGACCUACAGUUCUUCCCGCAGAGCCAAAGGAUCCCGUGACCCCUGCAGACCCAGAGGAACCAGAAGAUGACACAGAGCUGGAGGACUUAGAGGAGAGCGGGCCGGAAGAAGGAAGCAACGCCGAUCCCCUGCCCAUGAUCAGCCAGUGUCUGAUCCCUGCUCUGAACCUGAGUGAUGUGCCUUCUGAGGAGCAGGAGGAGCUGGUUCCGGAGAACAGCAGCCCCUCUGAGACCGAGGAGGAGCUGACCAACGCCGGGCCCAAAGGCCGUUCAGAACCAGCAGCCCUGGACGCUGAGGGCAGCAGGAGCUACAUAGACAGGACACUGCCAGACCUGAUCAGGAGUGGCAGACCGCUCAGGAGACGCAGGACACUCGGACCUGUCUCAGACACACUGAAGGAGGUGCGUAGAGAAGUGGAGCUGUCUCGGAGGCGCAGUCUCAAGCUUAAGGCCCAAGUGGACAAACUACAGGAGAGCAGAGAUGGACCAGGAUGGAGCCAAUACAGAGAGAGGGUCACAGAGGAGGUUCUGUCUAUCCUGAGGCUGCUGCAUCCUCUGACGCAGCCCGAGUCCAGCCUGGUCGAGCCGCCUGCUGAUGAAAAAAGCCUGGACGCGGCGCUGAGCCAGCUGCAGAGCGUGGCCCGCCAGCUGGCCAUCCGCCACACCAAACAGGAGUUCAAAUCUGGAGCGGCAAAACGAAAUGGAGAGGAGGACAGUGCUAUUCUGCAACAGGCGCUACGGGACAGAGACGAAGCCUUAGAGAAGAAGAAGGCGAUGGAGGCCGAGCUCCUGCGCAGCAAGACGGAGCUGAUGUCACUGAACAAUCAGCUGCUAGAGGCCGUCCAGAAACGUCUGGAGCUGUCGCUGGAACUGGAGGCCUGGAGGGAGGAUUUCCAGCUGUACCUCCAGCAGCAGAUCCAGAUUCAGCAGCAGGCAGAGCAAGCCCAGAAGAAGCCCUCUCGUCUGGGUCUGCUGAAGCGAAACAAACCACUUGUGCAGAGGCCAUCCUCCUUCCCCGCUCCUGCCCCUAUUGCUCCCUCAGUCACCAGACCUUCCCUCUCUAAUGCCCCAACUCCCAGAUCUGAGCUGGCUGCAGCCCCGGCCUCGGCCCCCAGCACACCUCCCACCGGCUCCCAGCGCAAAUGGAAGGACAAGUGGAAGAUGGGCAGGAUCAUUCGUCAGGAAGACCAGGAUGCAGCACAGCAAGAUGUGAACCAGUCCACAUGGGGCAAGAAUGACGGCGGCUUCCAGAUUAUAUCACUUGACUGAAACAGGGAAGCAUUGCACUAAGUACAUUCAUGCUAAUGCACAGCUCUUGUAUAUAUGUUUUCCAAAAUAUUAGAUAAUCUGUGGUGCAAAGACGAGAGGGGGGGUGACAUGCGGCAAAUGUCCCAGAUCAGACGUCAGAGGUUACAUGUCAGACGACUGAGCCACCACGGUGGCCCCACAUGUAACCUUUUAAUGUAUUUAUGGGAACAAUUUGUGUGAAAAUCUGUGGUGAAGAUUGAGCCAUAUGGUUGUACAAAUACUGUAAAAUUUGCUGUUUUGCACUUAAGUUUCUGAAUUUCGUUGUGCCAGUUGGCAUGCUGUUGUAAAAAGCUCAAUAAAUGUAACAUUUACUGUAUAAACUCCUUCAAACAUCUGGUUGAGUCAGAGGAGUGUUUAGUUUUGUUAAGGGUACCAAGAGACACUGUCUCCAAGUUCCAGGCCUUCAAAAGCUCAUUUUAUCCUCUACCGUCUGCACUGUUAAAGACUCAGAAGAAACGAGAUCAAUUUUCAGUUGUGU